UGUGCUAGAGAGCCUGAAGGUAAUAACCCAAGGAGAUGCUGGUGUAUAUUUAUUUACUGGACCUGAAAAGUUCUCAGUGCAGUCCCUGCAUUGGAAACCUCCAGAUUGUUUCUCCAUGACUUUAUGUCCCUUCUUUAAUCCAAAAAGUGUAUGUAUUAGCAAUAAAAGAGUAAGAGGAGCUUUCACUUCAGAGGAAACAUGAUCAUUUAAAGUGACUUACUGUGAAACACACCCACAGAAAUACAUUUGUGGGACAUGUGAACAGAAGUGAAUAUCCCUGGGGAGGACAGGAAAGAAAAGUUUUUUACCACUUAAUAACUUUGAGGUAUAGUUAAUUAAUCAUAUUCAUCAGUGUUAUAUCUGUUUUACUCAUGUCUGAAGUCUCAUUUAUAUAUGAUAGGUUGGAUCUGGACCAGAGAAUGUCAAAAAGAAAUAGAAAGAGAAAAGAAAGAAUAUUAUAAAAAACAUUCAACAUUACAGAAAGACUUGGAAGCCAAAUACCGGGAUGUAAUCACAGAAAAUCGUCGCACAGUUGCUCAUUUGGAGUUGGAGCUGGAAAAGGAACGGAACAGAACCCUGAGUUACCGUCAGGCCCUCGUGUCCCAGAGUCGCAAACUGGUAGAAGAAAGAAGGAUCCUAGAACAGGAACAGGAGAAGUUAGAGCGAGAAAAACAAAUCCUUUUGCACUCAGGAGCAGCAGGUAACUUGUACCAGAGUUGUCUGGCAAAGGAAGAAGAGUGGCAAAAGAGAGCCAGUAUUUUACUAAAAGAAUUUGAAGCGGGACUUCAGGAAAGGCAGGACAUCUACUGCAGUCUUGUGGUACCCAGAAGCCAGAGACUAGAAAUAGAGAAGAAUCUGCUAGUUAAAGCAGCAACUGAUCCUGUUGCUAUGGCUCUACAAAUGGAAAGUGGCUUAAAAGAUAUUUUCAAACAUGAUAACUACUGUGGCAAUCUGCUGAACAGGAACAAAAGUCAAAAUGGAAGACUUAUGUGGCUCCGCUACGGUCGCCGCCAUUUCGCACAGACCCGGAGGAGCGACCAAGGGCGCAUGCGCGAGAGGGGCCGCUAA